AGUUUAGUACAAAAGAGGUAUAAGAAAUGGAAAAAAGCCUUAAUUAUUAAAUAAAUAGAAAUGUUAUUAUAAGUGUUACACCUGUUAAUGAAUUGCACCUGUCAAAUACUGUCGCGCCGCAUGUAGAAGAGGCUUAACGAAAAAAACACUUUCUAAAACAACUUCAUCUUGCACAGGGCACAACCCACUGCUACCACACUUCCUUUUAGGGGGAAACAUAAUCGGGGUUUCCACUUUCGAUAAACAACAAAAAGUAAAUACCGCAAUCGUAAAAAUUUAGUGCAACUAUGCACUUGUGUUGUGUUCCGGACGUGCUGGAUUUAAACCAAGAACCGCUGCUGUAGCAUUGAAUGGCGAUUUUCGAUUAAUUUCGUGCCCAAGGCAGACCUGCAGAAACAGAAACAUGGUGCUAAAGUGUACACUGUCAGUAUUGUUUUUUAGCUUAAUCUCUACCUUUGCUUACGGUCAGCUGUUGGACAAUCGGUGCUAUCUGGAUGGAGGCGGAUCGGCUGUUAACUUCUUUGCCAAUGAGGACAUUACCGUCGGUGCCGUUGUGGGCAGUUUGCGUGUGUUGGGUGAUCCAGGAAAGGACAUUGUGCUGACGCUGCGUGAAAAGGAUUCUCCCGUUUACAUUGCGCCGGGUACGAAGGAUCUCAUAGUGGCCAAACCGCUCGAUAAGGAAGGUUUGAUCGGACCGUCGGCAGUGUUUGUGAACGUAAUUUGUGAGCGCAAGUUUUCCGAUGAUGCGGGUAUUAUUAUACCGGUUAAUAUACGAGUGACGGAUGUAAAUGAUAAUGCACCAUUAUGGAUUGGUGCUCCGUACAAGCUGAACCUUUCCGAAGUGACCGUCAUUGGAACGAGAAUUCUGCAAGGCAUUAGAGCACAUGAUCUGGAUCAACCUGGACCGUACUCGACCGUGGAGUACCAAACACUACCAGGACCGUACUCCGAUUAUGUGGCCUUUGUAACACCGCUCGAGGGUACGCUCGUGCUAAAGAAGUACAUCGACUAUGAAACGGUGCAAAACUUUACGGUGAAGAUACGUGCCCAAGAUCAGGGCAAACCACCGAAGUACUCGGAUACGUUCGUAACGAUCCGUGUGCUCGAUUCGGACGAUCAGAAUCCCAAGUUCGAUCGAGAUGUUUACUACGGGCAACUUCUCACCGACAAAGGUGACAUAAAGAUAACCCCAGAAGCAAUUCGUGCUGAAGAUCAGGAUCGUGGUAUAAGGGCCGAUAUACGAUACUCGAUCGUAUCGUCAAAUGGUUCGGAGGAUGAGAUCACUUUUGAGAUACAUCCAAACACGGGCAAUAUUCGGCAGACGCGUGGAUUGCUACCGGCACAAGCACGCCAUUCGCGUACGAUCGUCGUCAAAGCGACCCAGGUAGAUAAUCCAGACCGUUACGCAUUGACCACGGUAAUACUAUCACCUCCGAAAGGUGCCGAAACAUCACUGAGCGUUAUCAGCGUCCAACCACCGGUUGGUGGGGCAGAAUUUGUACGCGGAACGUUCUACGCAACGGUACGGGAGGACACUAAACCUGGAACGAAGAUUUCUCAACUGACAAACCAAGGCAAUGGCGUCGGAGAACAGCUACGCUACGGCAUCGUUGGGUCACCACUCGCUCAGGAACAGUUUCGUGUUGGACCGGGUGGGGAAAUAAUUCUAGCGAAAUCGCUCAACUAUCGCCGGACGGCUCAGUACACGUUUGCAAUCGAAUCUGGCACACCCGGUGCUGAACUGAACACCAGCACAACGGUUGUUAUCGAUGUGGUGCCGGCAAACAUGUGGGAACCUCGGUUCCGGAAACCAUUCUAUUCGUUCGCGAUCGACAAUCCACUGCACGUCCAGCAGCUACCGAUGCUGGUGGGACGGAUCGAAGCGGCCGACGGUGAUCGUACGGACGAGCUGUCGUUCGUACUGAAGGGCAACUACAGCAACCUGUUCCGUGUCGAUCCGUACGGCAAUCUGUGGCUCGUAUCGAACCGUACCGAUCUUCCUGUGGCGAUGCGUCUACUUGCAACCGUCACCGAUACGGGAACACCACCGAAAUCAGCCACGGUUCCAGUGGUCGUGAAGCUAAAGCCGGAAACAGCCUCUCUAACGUCUAAUCUGCUCAUCGUCAAUAUAGUGGUGGCGUGUGCUUUAGGCGUACUUCUGAUCGGUGGUUUCGUACGUUGCGUGUAUCGACGCCGCAAGCGAAAGGUCGCAUCUGCCGAACAGAUCGUAGGACAUGGUGGAGGUGUUGUGCCACCGCUCAAGCAUGGUGUGGAUUCGAGCCGAUUUCUACUGCAACGCUCGGAACAACGCAUGCUGGAACGCCCGUCAAUGCACGCGAACGGCCGGCUAACGGAUUGUGCCGCUUCAUCUACCCUCGGCAGUGACAAUCAGGACUUCAUGGAUCACGAUGGAGAUAACCCAAGACGAUCGCAGAUACACAAUACGAGAGCGCUCGAUCGGGAGGAACUCGCCGGUCAAAAUCUGAACCAUCUACUACUACAAUGGCAGGAAAAGUACGAUGAAAAGAACAAUGGUACAGAGGAUAUGUCUAUCGAUGAUAAGUUGAUCGUGUACUUCUAAACAAACCAAAGGCGCACAACUACUAUAUUCUAAACAAAUCUCUGACUGAAGUGCUAUACUGUUGAGAUCGCAUGCUGUAACGGAUCAUUUUUCUAUUUCGUACGAGCACGGGGAUCACCGUGGCACCGUGAAGUGAUGCUGAAACAAUACUUGCCAAUAUCUGUGCUGCACCGAAUAUUCUCUGCUCUUUUGUGGGGGAGCCUUUUUUGACUUAUUUAUUUUACUACUCCGUUCCGCUCUUGGACAAUAAAGCACACACGAUAUAGCUAGUGGUAACAAUGUAAA